ACGUUGUUGACCGCGAAAAUUAAGACUUCCCGUCCCAAACUGUAUAAAAGACACUGCCGAGAUGCGAGAAGGAUUCAUAGCUGUGGUUGCGGACUGACCAAGACGUCCAAGGAGUCAAGAAGACAUCCCAUCGCCGACUGCUGAAGACUUACAGCCCGUCUUGUGUCUAUCAAGAUUGAGACGUCCAGACAGAAGAUGACGCCCAAGUUCGCCCUGUGUGUUCUGCUGGUCUCCAUGGCUGUGCUGUCGGCUGAAGCGUGGCCGCACAGACGACCUCAACAUCAGCCACAGAAUCCAUCAGGUGGCCGUCCCGAGCACCAAGGAGCUGGUGGCCGUCCCGACUUCGCCGGCGGCCGUCCCGACUUCGCCGGUGGCCGUCCCGAUUUUGCCGGCGGCCGUCCCGACUUCGCCGGCGGACGUCCCGACUUCGCCGGUGGACGUCCCGACUUCGCCGGUGGCCGUCCCCAGCAGCCCGGUGGCCGUCCCCAGCAGCCCGGAUCAAGUGGCCGUCCCGAGCAGCCUGGAGCCGGUGGCCGUCCCCAGCAGCCCGGAGCAGGUGGCCGUCCCGACUUCGCCGGAACAGGUGGCCGUCCCGACAUGUCCGGAAGAGGCGAACGUGGGGACAUGCCAGGAAGCGCGAUCCCUACCGAAUUACCGGUACCCGAGGGCGCUCCCUACUACUAUUAUCCGUAGACACACGAUCUAGAUUUGGUCUUAACGAUACGAAUAUAGUGAUGCCCUUAAUAAGGCUAAGGUAUGUUGACCGUACAUCGCUGCUGCCCGAAGUUGUUUCUAUUUUCUAUGUUUAGAUAUAGAUAUCAACGAAUGUAUAUUGAUUUAACGUUAUGUGUUCGGCUUGCAUACAUGUACCUUACUCACUCUUUUGUUCAACUUGUAUAGACGGCCCCGGACUAAGCAGUAUUGUAACCGCUGUUUUUACAUCACCCUCAGUAUUAUAAUACUAGUCCAGAAUAUACCUACAUGUAUGUAUGUAUGUGACAUGUUUAACAGUCAUGUGGUUCGGGCUACUUGUUUUGUUGAGGAAUCUACGCUGGUUCGUAUUUGUGAUAUGAUACUUUCUUCCUUUGUACAAAAAAUCUACAGCGAGGAAUGGGGCAGCGCCUCUUUGAUA